AUGGAUGCAGUUAAAGAAUGCUUGAGAGAUUUUCCUAAAGAAGCUCGGGAGCUUUAUCUUAAUGAUGCAGUGCUGUACCUGGACGGGCCCUCCAUACUCUCUCCUCUUCAGUUUUAUCGUGACUGGAUUGGUCCAAACAAGCCCUGCAUCAUUCGUAAUGCCUUCAGUGAUUGGCCAGCUUUGUCUAAAUGGAACCCCACAUAUCUCAGAGAGAAAGUGGGCUCCAAAGUCAUCAGUGAGGCAGUCACUCCAAACGGAUAUGCAGAUGCCGUGAACGGGAAUCGCUUUGUGAUGCCAGAGGAGCAUCAGAUGACCUUUAGCCCUCUGCUGGAUAUCAUCAUAGGGGGGAAGGUGAAGAGCAGUGGUGUGUUUUACGUUCAGAAGCAAUGCUCAAAUAUGACUGAGGAGUUACCGGAGCUGACGGGAGACCUACAGACUUCAGAGAGUGAAGUGCUGGGAUAACAGCCUGAUGUUGUACAUUUCUGGUUUGGGGAGGAAAGCGCGGUCACAUCAGGUGAGUUUGUCUUCACUUGUUCAUAA